AGUGCGAGAACGGGCUGGAGCUGAGCUUCCAGGACAGCGCCUCUCUCUGGGGCGGGCCGCGGAAAGACACCAUGGGGGACCUGCCUUGGGACUCGCCUGCCAUGGUCCAGGAGCUGGAGGAUGCUGUCAGGUCGCUGAAAGACAGGAUCGACAAGAUUGAGCAGGAGCUCCCCACACGCGUCAACACCUCCACCUCCUCCCCUGUCCUGGCUCGAGAUGUGCUCCAUACCAAGAUGGAGGAGCUAGAGGAGCAGCUCCUCUCCAAGUUACUUUCUCUGGAGAAAGAACGCUCCUCCAUUACCAGCCACAGUGGCCAGCAGCAACAGGACGUAGAGAAGGAGCUGAGCGUUCUCCAGAGCCGGGUCGCCGAGUUGGAACAGGAGCAUACGGCAGCACCAGACUUCAGCCCUCCAGAUGCCUACAAGGUGACCAUCCCCGUACGGACCAACUACAUGUACGCACGCAUGAAGAAGAGCCUGCCAGAGCUUUUUGCCUUUACAGUUUGCAUGUGGCUGAAGUCCAAGGCCUCCUCAGGGCUGGGCACUCCUUUCUCCUAUUCUGCCCCGGGGCAAGCCAACGAGAUUGUGCUGAUGGAGUGGGGGCACAACCCCAUGGAGCUGCUCAUCAAUGACAAGGUUGCCCAGCUGCCCCUGAAUUUGAAGGAUGGGACAUGGCACCACAUCUGCAUCGCCUGGACCACCCGGGAUGGCGUGUGGUGGGCGUAUGAGGACGGUGAGCAGCGUGGCUCUAGUGAGAACCUGGCUGCUUGGCAUCCCAUCAAACCCCACGGGGUGAUAAUCCUGGGCCAGGAGCAGGAUACGCUGGGUGGGCGAUUUGACGCCACCCAGGCCUUUGUCGGUGAGAUCGCUCAGUUCAACAUGUGGGACCACGUCCUGAUGCCCACGGAGAUCCUGGGCCUGGCCAACUGCACCUCUCACCUGCAAGGCAACGUGAUCCAGUGGGACGACAACCUAGUGGAGGUCCUUGGGGGCGCCACCAAGUGGAGCUUUGAGAAGUGUGAGCAGAGGAUGAAGGCAUGAGAGGUCCCCACCCCCAACCUACGGAAAGGAGCAUGACAACAACUUCCUCUCCUCCUUGCUACCUAAGGAACAAGGCAUCCGGGAUCCCCUUUUUCCCCAAUAGAAAUAUAUUGAGUUCUAAGUCCACAGGGGGAGGUGGGUGGGAGGGGCGAGAAAACCAUCUGAACUCAAAACAAUGUGAUACUGUUUGUUUUAUUGUGCCAGUUAAGUAAUACAAGUGAGUGGCAAGGCCUUUCACCAACCAUCCAGAUCCUGGGUAAAAGUACCACCAGGCAGGGGCCGUGGUGUGGGGGUGAGGGAGCCGUUAGUACACGGGGAACUCCCGAGCCAACAUUUCUCCUCUCUGCACAUUCUGUUGCUACUAUUGCCAGCCUAGCGCGGGUACGGGGUGGAACAGCAAAGGUUGCAGAGCCUCGGUGGAGUGACCCUGGUCGUGGGGAAGCCAUUGGCCGACCGGGAAUACCCAAGCUAAUAUUUCUCUGCUCUCUGCAUGUUCCACUUGGAGUAUCACAAUGGGGCAUCUUCCUCCAGGUAUCAGUUCCAUGGUUCGCUUAGCUGGGAUUCCCCUUGGGUUUCCCCACCCCCAUCUCCUGCAGCUAUGAAUGGCCUGAGUUUCAUAAAGGAUGCAAGAGGUUUUGUUCAUUUCCUUGUGCCUCAGAUAAGCCAAACUCACCCUGGGAAGGACUAAAUGCUUUAAGGAUGAGCUUCUCACAGCCGCCUGCAGGAACAUGGAUGCUCAAAUCCCAUUUAGUUUGGGCUUCUCCACCCUGUAGGCAGAUUUGAGAAGCUCAGACUUACUAUUACAUGAAAAUGUCUUGUAGCCCCUGAACAACUGGGGACAAAACAAGCCUCUGGUCGAUUCUCAAAUGCUGUCCUAGUCCUCAGUUUCCUUUUUUAAAAUAAGAUUGUUCAUUCCCUCCACUUCUCCCACAUCCCCUUUCGAUAGGGAGACUGUCAAUACAAAACUCACAGGGUCAGAUUCAUUCCAUUGGCCCACACCCUAAUGGAGAGCUCACAGUGAGAGGAAGUUAGCCUGAGAUAGGAGGGAGAGUGGCACAAGGCACUCCUACCCUGCUCCCUGCCUGGGAGCAAUCCAGUCUCAGAAGCGAGUGGUGCUGGCUAGGGGAAGGGUGAAAGCAGGACAGGGUGACAACUAGAGCAGCCUGGAGUUGCAAGCAGAGACACACUCUACCCUUCCUCUGUGGACCCCCACGGUGCAGAGCAUGCAGUGGGGACACUAAAUGCCUUCUUCUGAGGGGCUCUAGCCCCCUCAGCGUGGUGCAAUUUGCAACUGCCUGCAGAAGCAGGUAGCAAAUCUGGCCCACAGACUUAAAACAAAAAGUCCUGACUGUGUUAUGCCUCCUAGCCCUCAUGAUACUGAAGCCAAUAGAGUUAGAACAUGCAGAGGGCUUGCACAUCCCAGAAAAUGUUGUGGGUUUAAUUGUACCAGUCGGUCUAGUUAAAGUAGCAAACAAAACAAAAUUAACCCUUAUCAUACUGUGGAUGCAGUUAUAGUGGCAUAAAAAUACUUAUACUGGUAGCCUUUAUUCUUGUUUGGCAAGCUGAGUAAGCUAUGCUGGCAUAAGGCACCUUUAUACUGGUACAAGUAUUUUGGUUCAGAAAAUCACCCCUCCCCCAAUCCAACAUUGUUAUCCUCUAAAACUUUUAAAUGUAGGCCAGGCCUUUUGACUGGUAUUUGAAAAGGAGGCUAGGGGAGUUAGGCACUCAGCUCCAUACAAACUCAAUGCAUUUUGGGUGCACAACUCCUUUAGGCUCUUCAACAAAGCCCAGCCUAAUUGCAUCAUUCUCACUGAUGCAGUUUGUUUGCUUUGUGCGUUUCAUUGAGCUGGGACAAGGAAACAAGCCUAGUCAGUUUCACUUACUGCUUUAGUGAGCAUCACUUCCUAAUUCCCAUACUCUAGCCUGAUGUUGUUUUUUUCCAAUGCCAUGAAAUUUGUUAUAUUAGCUUUUCUUAGUCAACCUAAAUGUUGGGCCUAAAGCUAAUUGACAGCAUUGCCGUCACUUCUCCAGUCCCAGCCUAUCAAAUAUAUCUUGCACACUCUUAGAAGGCAGAUGGUUACAGUAAAUUGGAUGGGUGACAAACUUAAUGCCAUCUUUACUGAUACAUUUUUAUGUAUGUCUAUAUAAAAUGAAUCAUACUCCAGCUCAUCAGCAAAUGCUGUUUAUUCAUAAAAAUACAGUAAAUGCAAACACACACACAUGUACAUACACACAUUUAUACUAUAUCGGGAGUGGUGAUAGCCACAUGAAAAAUCCAUUUAUCAGGCACUGUUUGCUUCUGCCCCUGCACUCGGCCCACUAAGCCCUCUCCACUAGGAAUACUUCUGACAUUCCAAACCUCUGGGGCAAUUUAAAUUGCUGCCUUUAAAAACCAGCCAACCUGCCAAGAAAUGUUCUCUACUUCUCCCUGCUCUAGAGAUGGAAUUUUCCUCUCACCACGGAUAAGGUCCACUAUCAAGUUAAAAAUCAGGAGCUUUUACCACUGACAAGGAAUUUUGUUUCCAGCUUCUACUAGAUGAGGGGGUAUGGCUAGUUCGUUAUAGCAGUAGUGACUACUAUAGUUACAGUGGUCACUACUAUAGUGAACUAGCCACACUCAACCGGCCAAAUAGCCACCUUGUUCAUACCAACUAGCCACUAUAGUGGCUUUGCUGCUUCAGAACUGGUUGGACACCUUGGUCUUAAACACUCUCUAAUGGGGUGGGGGGAGCCGAGUGUUCUGAUACUGACUAAGGAUAACCCAAAUAACUCGCCUUUUUGUAUCUACUGUACCUACUGAGAGAUUGAACCAGAUUCAACCCUGGUUUAAGUUAAAGCAGCUCUAUUGUAGACAAUUGAGUUAUGUUUGCACCACGUCCAAAUGUGCCCUUUUAUGAAUACAUUGAUCACUGAUUGGCUGUAGCGUAGAGAACUUGUGUUCUCUCUUUUCACACGUGGGACUGCAGCUGGGAAGUAUGUUCCUUUGCUCAACUUUCUUUACCUCUCCUCCCCAGUCAUGCAGGGAUUUGGGGUAGCUCAUCCCAUUUGCAGCCAGGACUCAAAUGCAUGCAGACAGGAAGCACACAGGGAUCCCAAAUAUUUCCCCCCAAAACAAGUGCUGGGUCUGAUUCUUCUCUGGCUGGCACCAGCCUGAUGUAACUCCAUUGACUUGACUGGAGUUGCUUUGGAUCGUUACUGGUAUGGCAAGAGAUGAAUCAGACCUUUUGGGGCUUGAAGGCUGCUGCUUGUAAUUUAUCUGAUGCCAAACACAUAUCCUAAGUCAGUUACAAGCUCUCUCCCCCCCUCUUCCCCUCCCCACUGCUGGAACAGCCUCAGUAGGAAAAAGCGAAGCAAUCCAUUACACUCUUGUCUCAGGGCUGCAACUCAAGUCAAUUCUGAAACAGAGCAAACAGGUUUCCUCUUUCCAUUUGGCCAACAACCUACAUUUCCCUUUCUUGAUUGACUCCCUUUGGUAGGAUGGGGGCAGAGGGUAUUUUUCCUUGCUGGGCAUGCUCAUGGUUGGCUAUUGCACGUGCUUUGUGAGACUUGUGUUGCCCUUUUUGGCAGAUCUUUGGGGCAGACAAGGUUCUGCAUAUAAAGUUCAGAAGCAGUUGGGAGUGGGGAAAGGGCACGAGCAGGCUGUACCCCACAAUCUUACAUGGUAACGUGGUUGAAUUCGUUAGGGUGCCGCUUUCCCAUGUUGCCCACCAAGUGGUGGGUGCCAGCUCUGUAGUGAGCAAAGCAGAAGAAAGGGGGAAAUGGUGCUCCUUUGGCCAGGCUUCCCAGAUCAUGGUCAACAGUGUGUUGGAAGAGAACAUUAGAGAGCAAGAAGGAGGGUGGGGGGACUCCAAGAUGAAUUCCCAGGAACCAGAGUACAGAAAUUAAGGGAAAACAAUGCUCCUAGGGCAGAAAGUCCAGUCCUGAGCUAGGUAGUCAUGCUGCUCCACAGCCCCUCCACUUGUUCAUCACAUGCGGAGAUAGCCUACCUGUGUUUCUCCUUGAGGCUGUUCUUAGAUGCUCAGCAUGCCACAGUAGGCAUGGUGGGGAGGGGGGAAGGAGUAUUGAUGAUGGAUUUUUA